UAAAUUGGAGUAGCAGACCAGAAGCAAAUUUUGGAAAGAAGAUAUUUCUUAAUUUUGCUCUGUUUCAAGUGGGCUUUGAACUGGCCAUCCGUCAAGAAAUGGCCACCACACCCACCAUCGAAACGCCACUGCUAUUAGACACCGUCGAUGGCGCCGUUGACUACAAAGGCAGUCCGGUCCUCCGAUCCAACUCCGGCGGCUGGAGAUCCACUUCCUUCAUCAUAGGUGUGGAAGUGGCGGAGAGGUUCGCGUAUACUGGGAUCAGCUGCAACCUCAUAACGUACCUCACUGGGCGGCUCGGCCAGUCCACGGCCACGGCGGCCGAGAACGUGAACGCGUGGUCCGGAACGGUGUCGUUGCUUCCGCUUUUGGGGGCAUUCGUGGCCGAUUCAUUUCUGGGCCGCUACCGCACUAUUGUCAUUUCUUCUCUCAUCUACAUCCUGGGACUAUGCUUGUUGACUCUGUCAGCUAUGCUUCCUUCUCUAAGCACUUCUUCCGACUCCUUAGACACCAAAAUCAAACUGGGUUCUUCAAAUCAGGUCCAAGAAAUCUUAUUGUUUGUAUCUCUGUAUAUAGUAGCUGUCGGGCAGGGGGGGCACAAGCCUUGUGUUCAGGCUUUUGGGGCCGAUCAGUUUGAUGGGCAAGAUCCGGAGGAGUGCAAAGCCAAAAGCUCAUUCUUCAAUUGGUGGUACUUUGGUGUGUGUGCGGGCGGCACAGUGACAGUAAUGAUGAUGAGCUAUAUACAAGACAACCUUGGCUGGGGUCUAGGAUUUGGAAUCCCCUGUAUUGUCAUGGUCUUUGCUUUGGGUGUCUUUUUGCUCGGUACUAUGACUUAUCGGUAUGGUGUCAAAGGGAAGGGGAAAAGCCCAUUUGUGAGAAUUGGUCGGGUGUUUGCUGCUGCACUGAGGAACUGGCGGACCACCCCUUCAGCUCUCCCGCACCAUAGCUCCGAACAAUUCAAGUUCCUCAACAAAGCCCUGCUGUCUACAGAUGAUUCAAAAGGAGAAGUUUGUACUGUCAAUGAGAUUAUAGAAGCAAAGGCAGCUCUUAGGCUUGUUCCAAUUUGGGCGUCGAGCUUGGGAUACGGCAUUGUGUUUGCACAAACCACAACUUUCUUUACUAAGCAAGGGGCUACAAUGGAUAGAACAAUUUUCCCUGGCUUCAACAUACCAGCAGCUUCACUACAAUGCUUCAUGGGCCUGGCCAUUGUACUUUUCAUUCCCAUAUAUGACUUGAUUUUUGUUCCUAUAGCAAGAACUUUCACCAGGAAGCUCAAUGGCAUCACACUACUGCAGAGAAUUGGAAUUGGGAUGUUUUUAUCUGUAAUCAGCAUGGUUGUUGCAGCUCUAAUUGAGAUGAAAAGGCUCAAAACAGCUCAAGAAUAUGGGCUGGUUGACAUGCCAAAUGUGACCAUUCCAAUGAGUAUUUUGUGGUUGGUUCCUCAAUACGUUUUGUGUGGAGUUGGUGAUGUUUUCACCAUGGUUGGUCUGCAAGAAUUCUUCUAUGAUCAGGUCCCAAUUGAAUUGAGGAGUGUGGGUCUCGCCCUCUAUCUCUGCAUUGUUGGUGUUGGGAGUUUUUUAAGUAGCUUUCUUGUUUCCAUCAUUGAGAAAUCAACUGGCAGAGAUGGCCGAGAUAGUUGGUUUGCCGAUGAUCUUAAUAGGGCACAUCUUGACUACUUUUAUUUGGUGCUUGCUGGAAUCAGUGCAGUUGCAUUCGCUGCAUACUUGUAUUUUGCAAAAUCUUACAUUUAUAAUAGGCAAAGCACCGUCGAUGGCGCCGUUGACUACAAAGGCCGUCCGGUCCUCCGAUACACCUCCGGCGGCUGGAGAUCCGCAUCCUUCGUCAUAGGUGUGGAAGUUGCGGAGAGGUUUUCUUACUAUGGGAUCAGCUGCAACCUCAUAACGUACCUCACUGGGCCGCUGGGACAGUCCACAGCCACGGCCGCCGAGAACGUGAACGCGUGGUCCGGAACGGCGUCGUUGCUUCCGCUUUUGGGUGCAUUCGUGGCCGAUUCUUUUCUGGGCCGCUACCGCACUAUUGUCAUUGCUUCUCUUAUCUACAUCCUGGGACUAUUCUUGUUGACUCUGUCGGCUAUGCUUCCGUCUCUAAGCACUUCUUCUGACUACUUAGACACCAAAAUCGUACUGGGUUCUUCAAAUCAGCUCCAAGAAAUCCUGUUCUUUGCAUCUCUGUAUAUAGUUGCUGUUGGGCAGGGCGGACACAAGCCUUGUGUUCAGGCUUUUGGGGCGAAUCAGUUUGAUGGGCAAGAUCCAGACGAGUGCAGAUCCAAAAGCUCAUUCUUCAAUUGGUGGAACUUUGGUGUUGUUGCGGGCGGCACAGUAACAAUAAUGAUGAUGAGCUAUAUACAAGAAAACCUUAUCUGGGGUCUAGGAUUUGGAAUCCCCUGUAUUGUGAUGGUCUUUGCUUUGGGUGUCUUUUUGCUUGGUACUAGGACAUAUCGGUAUAGCGUCGAAGGGAAGGGGAAAAGCCCAUUUGUGAGAAUUGGUCGUGUGUUUGUUGCUGCACUGAGGAACUGGCGGACCAAACCUUCGGCUGUAGCUACUGAAGAGGAAGUUGGUAGAGCCCUCCCGCACCAUUGCUCCGAACAAUUCAAGUUCCUCAACAAAGCCUUGCCGUCUGCAAAUGGUUCAAAAGAAGAAGGCGAAGUUUGUACUGUCAAUGAAGUUGAAGAAGCAAAGGCGACUCUUAGGCUUGUUCCAAUAUGGGUGACAAGCUUGGGAUAUGGCAUUGUGUUUGCACAAACCUCAACUUUCUUUAUAAAGCAAGGGGCUACCAUGGACAGAACAAUUUUUCCUAGCUUUGACAUACCCGCUUCAGUACAAGCCUUUAGAGGCAUGGCCAUUGUCAUUUUCAUUCCCGUAUAUGACUUGAUUUUUGUUCCUAUAGCAAGAGCUAUCACCAGGAAGCCUAAUGGAAUCACGAUGCUGCAGAGAAUUGGAAUUGGAAUGGUUCUAUCUGUCAUCUGCAUGGUUGUUGCAGCUCUAAUUGAGAUGAAAAGGCUCAAAACAGCUCAAGAGUAUGGGCUGGUUGACAUGCCAGAUGUGACCAUUCCAAUGAGUAAUUUGUGGUUGGUUCCUCAAUACGUUCUGUCUGGAAUUGCUCAUGCUUUCACUAUGAUUGGUCUGCAAGAAUUCUUCUAUGAUCAAGUCCCAAUUGAACUAAGGAGUGUGGGUCUCGCCCUCUAUCUCUGCAUUGAUGGUGUUGGAAAUUUUUUAAGCAGCUUUCUCGUUUCCAUAAUUGAGGAAGCAACUGGCAGGAAUGGCCAAAAUAGUUGGUUUGCUGAUAAUCUUAACAAGGCACAUCUUGACUAUUUUUAUUUGGUGCUUGCUGGAAUUGAUGCAGCUGCAUUGAUUGCAUACUUGUAUUUUGCAAAAUCUUAUAUUUAUAAUAGGCAAAGUACAAGCUGAAUACAGGUACCUUGCUUAAUAAUUGGCAAUCAAACAAAAGAGGGGCAGCCUUAGCAAUAAAAAGCCACAAAAAUUCAUCACUUUGUCAGCUGCAGCAAAGACAAAGACAAAGUUCAGAUGCGUGGCUGCUGCCCCGUUUGCAGGAAAAAAAAAAAAAAAAAGUUGCGGAAACCAUAAAGAAAUUGAGAAGUUAAUUUGUCUCAUCUGCCACUUGUUGAAGAGAACAAGAACAACAGCAAAAUACAAAGAAAUUUUGCUUUGUUUAGUCUGAUCCUGCAGCAGCAGCCAACAUGUUUGAAGGAAGGAGGACCAGAAUUAAACAUAGAAAUGCAGAACUCGAUCGGUCUGUCUCUGAUAUGCCAGAUAUGUGAGGGACAACUACAGAGGCGUGAAAGAGCUUUGGUUGUUUUGGGAUACUUUUACAUGGUUAGAUUGUGAAACAGGGGCCUUG